AGUGCAGGUUAACUCAUGGCAUUAAGGUAACAGUCCACAAGGUGGCAGUGUAGCAUUAUAGCAAAGAGAUCAGUGGUGGCGAUAUUCUGCUCUUUUAAGUGUAAAGACAAUGCAUGAAACACUUCUCUUAAAUUAUGGCAAAUGUUGCACCAGACAUGAGACAUGUACAAAUCAAGAUGUAACAUCUUACUUAAAUUUCGAGUGAGUGAAUGUAGGGUUCCUACUGUUUCUAUAUAUGUUCAUUUGGGAAUGAAAGCUGACACAAUUUAAACCUCGACAUGCAGUUCUCAAGAAUCUCAACAUACUACUUAAAGGGAUAGUUCACCCCAAAAUUUAUGUCAUCUUUUACUCACCCUCAAGUUGUUCCAAACCUGUAUAAAUUUCUUUGUUCAGCUGAACACAAAGGAAGAUGUUUUGAAGAAUGUUUGAGUUCCAUAGUAUUUUUUUUCCAUACUAUGGAAGUCAGUGGUGCCAAACAACAGUCCUCUCUGCAUAUCAUUUUGACUCGUGCCCCAGCUACUUUUUUGUUUAUAUAUAUUUUUUAAUUAUUUCUUUAUAAUGCAGCUUGAAAUUACCAGAAUGCACAGGACCUUUAUUAUACAAUUCUUAGACAAAAUGGCAAAUGACAAGAAAUGGGCAGGAUUGGUUAAGGCUUAAGCAAAGCUAUGCAUGCAUAUUUCUUACAUCUAUAAAGUAAUUGUCACUAGUAAGAAUGUUACUGGCACUCUUCCCAGUCAUAAAUUCAGCUACCAAGAAAGAUCUUCCUAUAGUCGAAAAAUAGAUUUUGACUAGUAAAACAAUCCAAUUCAAGAUAUUUACAGUUGUAUUAUGACUAAUUGUAAUGUUACUUUCGAUUUCUAAAAUGUACAUGAUGAGGAACUAAAGAUACCUUUAAUCAGUGUUUGACUAGUCAAAUUUAAGAUAUCGCAAAUUUAAUUUUUACUAAUGAGAAUUCAAUAAGAGAUAUCUCUCAUUAGAAUUAUACCAAAUACAAUUUCUACUAGUCAAAACUCCUUUGUAGCUAUCAGAAAAAAAAUUCCAAUGUGAGUCAAUAUAUAUGACUUGCAAUGUAGAUAUCUUCAAUGAAUAUUAUGAGUCAUAAUUAUGUUGAAGAUAUCUCAAUGCCAAUUACAAGGAGACUGCAGAAUAAACAUCUGGAAAUGAAACUUUGACUAGUCAAAACUAAAUUACAACUAGUAGAGCCAGGGCCAUUAAUGGCUGCAAACAAAGCGGUCCGUUAAAAACAAUUUUAUGACGUGGUAGUAUGUCCAAAAACUUCCUCUUCAAGUCAUUUUGGCUGCUAAGUUUCAACAAAUGCUCUUUCUACAUUCAGGAGGAAUUUUUGAGGUCUGCACCUUACAGCUUUUAUAGUACAGUAAUAAAAGUAUGUAUUUGGAUUGUCAUGACCACUUUAACUUUUGAAAUCAUUGUUGGAUAUGGCUUUUGGUUUUGAAGUAUCUCGGGCUGAUCUUGAGUUCAUGUAGAUUUAACAGUUAUUCUCAUUCACAGCUUAUUUCAUCAUCAUUCCUCAUGGAAAACAUCUCAGCUAUGAACCUGAACUCCACCAUCUCCUUGUGGCGCCGUCCGUUGUGGUACCAAUAUGAUGCGUGUGCGGAGGCUCCUCAUUGGUUUAUCUUCUACUUUGGUGUCAAAGUAUUAAACCUGUUUGCAGGAUUCCCAAUGAACGCCCUCGUGAUGUGGCAGAUUCUGAAGAAGAAGAGCGAGGGCUCGACAUCCGACAUCUUCAUUUUCAACCUCUCUGUCCUGGACGCCUAUUUCGGCCUCAUGACACCAGUCGACAUGGUCAACCGGCUGUACCUCAACAAUCCCAAAAUCUGGUAUUCCCAACGUUUCGCCUACGGGCUGAAAGACGUGACUCCAUUGUUUCUCACCUGUAUUUGUCUGGACAGGUAUGUCGCUGUGGUCCAUCCCAUCCUAUUCACCGGGAUCCGUGACAAUCGCAUCCGAAUCGGCAUCUCCAUAGUGGUGUGGGGACUCAUCCUGGCCUACUCAUUGACCAAAUGCAUCUUGGGCAUCCUGAGUGUGAAUGAGGUCUUCAGUGGCGUCAUCCUCGCUGCCUUCUUCAUCAUGGUGUUCUGCAACCUGUCCAUCAUCUGGGUCCUCAGGAAAAGUGUCGCAGGGAAGGAAGUAAUGAACCCGGUGAAGAAGAAGGCCUUCAAAAUGGUGACUAUCGUCCUUGGCAUCAUCGUGGUGAACUAUCUGCCUCCAGUGGCUCUGUUGCCAUUUGCGUCCACCUACUCGUUUGUGACGCUCCACUGUAAGGUUCUUCUCGCCGUGUUCUCCAUCAUGGACUUGAGCUGCACCAUCGAGCCUUUGCUCUACAUCUCUAAGAUGGAGAGAUCCGAGUUCUGUCCCUGCCUGCACAGUCCCUCCAAGAAACCCAUCAACGUAAGCGUCUGAAAUGAAGUGAAGAACCGUCUGAAUUUGUGUUUGUGAUUCUAGACUCUUGGGCUGUCGGUGUAUCUCUCUAAUCCAGUGGUUCUCAACUGGCAGUUCUCAGGUCUAUCGUGAUUGGUCA